CUCGGCGGCGUGCGUAAUUCGUCUGCAUGAGCAAGCCGCAGAAGAAGCCGCUUCAGCCAUGGGCCGAGCAAAUGAUCGAGGCGUUCCACUUGGCCCCUCUGGAUGAUGAUGAAUACUUUGUGCAGUGGGAGACGGGUCGUCUGGGGGUCAAUAUCUCGGAGGACAAGGAGUCCGAACUCCCAUAUGUGUCAAAGAUCACAGAUGCAAACUCUCCCUUGGCGGCAGCCAUGGAAGUUGGGGACUACCUUCUUUGCGUCAACGAACUCCGUGCGGAAGAAAACUCAUUCAACAACUUUCUUCGCCUCCUCACGACGAAGCAGAAGCCGGUCUUGCUUCGCUUCCGCCGAGGUACGCAUGCGAGUCGAAGUCGUAUCCUUGCAAACCACGACGCAAAGUACCCAGCUCCAACUUCGUCAUCCCUACAACGAAGACCUUCUAAAGACGAUCAGCAGCUACCAUCAUCCUCCUCGCUUCGACCCAUCUCGACCUCCGAUAACGCUGCCAGCAAUACCACGACCUCCCGUCUGUCGAGUCGACUAUCGCCUUCGCUCCCAUCAGCAUCCACCAUUGCGUCCAUGUUCACUCGAGCGACUUCGGUACAUCAAGGAGAAGCCACAUCGCCGCCAGUGCCGCCCCAAGCCACUAUUCCCCUCGUCGAACGGCGCCGAGCAACAUCUAUUCCCGAGAACAGGACAUCACUGCCACCGCCCCCACGUCCCUCGGCAGCUUCCACCCCGUCACCCCCCUCCUCGUCUACUUCGACUGCUUUCCCAAGGAAUCCCAUCUCAACUUCGUUAUCGUCUUCAUCCUCGGACGACCCUGGCGCGUUCGUAUUCUCAUGGGUCGAUGGCCCCCUGGGCGUUUACUUUGGGGAGGACGAAAACACACAACUUCCCAUCGUCACGCGGACUCUGCCACACGCGUCGCCUCUCAUUACGGCCAACGUUCAGGUGGGCGACACGCUCGUGUCGGCGAACGGCCUGCUCUCUCGGGACCAUCCAUUUGGAGAAUUUUUUGCGGCGUUGCAAAAGAUGUCGAAACCGAUUCAACUCGUCUUUGCACCGUCCACGGCACCAGAAUCGGAUGACGAGAGUACUAGCGGUCGCCACAGCCCCACCCACUCCGAUGACGUUAUCGUGCGCGAUCCCGUCGACCACGAGGCACACCGUCCACGUCCUCCUCCACCACCACGGUCCCCCGCAAGUCGCGUCGAUCUCGGCAGCAAGGAACAUGCGGCAAAGGGCGAUGACCGCGAGUCCAAGAGUCCUGCGGCUGCUGUGUCGCCCGAGCAAGUCCUUCAGUACCCGCCACCAUCCCCCAAAGCGGAAUGCUCCAGUGGCGACGUCUCGUCACCCGCGGCGUCUGUAGCCGUCGCAGCUCCCGUGCCAGUGCCGGACGAGCGCCCCUACAUGUCGGACGACGACGACGAUGUCAAAGCUGCGCUAUUGCAUGGCCAUUCCAAUCCUGCGCACGCUUCUCGCGACGAUGACGAUGACGACGACGAUGGAAACGUCAUCACGGACGUGGAUCUGGAUCUCGAGCCUGCCGACGAUGACGAGGAUGACGACGCUGCAGACGCUGUGAUGCCCACACUCGAGUUUAUCAAAGGAGCCCCGCCGUCAACGUCCAAGCGCCAAGGCAGGGACAGCCCCACCCAAACGUCGUCCACGACGCCGCUCGCGCGCCCGACGACCCCUCUAUCGUCUACUGCGAGUGGUGCCAGCAACAGCUCGAGCGGUAACAACGAGCGAACAGGCGGGUCGCGCCGCGGUCGAAGCGGGGGCAAGUCCAAGCGCAACUUCACCACACUCGCUCGCCUACCUCGCGUGAACGAGUUGGAAGAACAGACGAUCGCCCUUGUGGAACCCAACAGCGUCAACAUGAAACUCACGGUGCGUGGGCGACUCAAGAGCCAGCGCGUGUCCAAGGCAGACACACCCGACAGCUCCAUGUACCUGAUCAAGUGGAAGGAGAAUCGAAGCAUCGGCGUGCAGUUGCGCGAAUGCCGCCUCGCCAAGGGCGUGUACCCGAUGGUCGUGUUGGUGUGCCGGGAGGCGUGCUGCGAGUCGCUGCGGCACGUUCAGAUCGGCGACCUCCUCGUCGAAAUCAACGGCCGUGACACGGCCAUGAUGAGUGUCAAGAAAACGAUCGCAUUCGUCAAGACGUGCACGAAAACGGCGCUGCUCAAGUUCAAGCGCGGUCCUGGCAUCUCCGUGUCCCGAGUCAGUGCCUAGUCGACAAGUAUAAGGCAAUCGACCAACGCCUUUCAAUCGAUGUGCUGUCUUCAAAGGACGAUGCGUCGACGUGUUGUAGCUAGCCGCACGUCAGGGGACAACUGCGUCC